UUUGGUGAGGUGGUGAUGGUGACCAUAUCACAAAACAUUGAUCUAAAGAGAAUUCAAAAAGAGAUGGCAGAGUGUUUGGGUUUCCCUCUCAACGAAGAAAAUGUAGAAGUAAGAGCUGCCAAGCUUGCUGAAAGAUUGACGAGGACAAAAAACAAAGUGUUGGUGAUAUUAGAUGAUUUAUGGGAGACGUUGGAUCUGUCAAAGGUUGGGAUUCGACUUUCACAGAUGGCUGCCACUUGCAAAGUGGUGAUCACAACAAGAAACAGAGAUAUCUGUAAAGUAAUGAGAUGCGAAGAGAUAGUUGAGCUGGAGACGUUAUCAGAUGAUGAAUCUUGGAGACUGUUCGCGAGCAGAGCCGGGGAUGCAGUGGAGUCUCCCACGAUGAGGGAAUGGGCACAGAAUAUCGUCAAAGAGUGUGCUGGUCUGCCUCUGGCACUGGUGGUUCUUGGCACAGCACUUAAGGGUAAGAAACCAGAUAUUUGGAAGACAGUGUUGAUGCAGAUAAAAAGGUCGAUGGAUGUGGGUCUCCAGGGUGUGAGUAAACAAGUUUUUCAAUCCAUCAAACUAAGUUUCGAUUUCUUAGAGAGUGAGGAAGCCAAGUCUUGCUUCUUGCACUGUUGUCUCUACCCUGAAGAUUAUGAUAUUCCUAAAGAAGAACUUAUGCAUUUGAUGGUCGGAGGGGGCAUCUUAAUUGGUGAUGUAUCUCUGAACGAUGCACAGGGUAUGGUGGAUCUACGGCUUGACCAGCUAAAAACUCGUGGUUUGCUUCUUCAAGGUAAGGAUGAACGCUUUGUAAAAAUGCAUGAUGUUGUUAGGGAUGUGGCGAUGCAGAUCGGUGCUGUGGCAGAUCAUGCGUUCUAUUGCAGAGCUGGGCAAGGCUUGAAAGAGUGGCCAAGAACUACUGAAAGUGAGAUGAGAAAUUGCCGACGGCUUUCACUGAUGGACAAUGAUAUUGAAGAUCUUCCUCAUGAUCCAAUGCAAUAUCCAAAACUUGAGAUGUUGAUCCUAAGAGGCAACAAAUGGUUAUCAAGCAUCCCAGCAAUGUUCUUCCUACACAUGGGAUGUCUGAUGGUUCUUGACUUGAGUUAUACCGCUAUUAAAUCCCUGCCAGAAUCACUCUCUUGUCUCAAUAAUCUCAGAGUAUUGAACUUGAGGCGUUGUUAUAGUCUGCGUGAUAUUUCUCACAUUAAUGGGUUGAAGAUGCUUGAAAUACUUAUUCUGGAUGAUUGUUCAGUGUCCAUUGUUCCGGCAGAUGUAGGAUGCGCACGAAGUCUGAGAUUUGUUGAUUUGGGUUUCAAGGAGGGCCGUUCAUCUUGCCUUAAUAUUUUUUUUUCCAAGAAAUUGCCAAGAUUUCACAGGCUAGAACAGUUGUUCAUGGGCAAGUUUGCAGGUAGCUUUCGAGAGUUGAUAAGCUUGAGGCAUCUAACUCACAUAUUUAUCAGAGAAGUGGUGGACUUAGGUGAUUCCUUAUCACAUGAACUAGUCUCACCAGGUUCUUGGCCUGAUCGACUUCAAGACUUCAGCAUUAGUUUUCACCAAGCCCAGUCUCUGUUUUGUGUCAGAGAUAGAAGAAAUUUGAAACUGAUGGGAACCAAGCGUUUGGCUGUUUGGGUCAAGAGAUUACUUGAAAAAACUAUACAUUUGACAUUAGCAGAAUUUCAGGAAACUGAACUGAGUUCCAUCGGCGUCUCACUCCCAAGUUUGGAGUGUCUUGAAGUCUUCAACAGGCCAUAUUUGACCAAGUUGUUGGGUGAUGAGCUAUUAUUGCAUGAACAAAUCCCACUCAGGCAACUGAUAACAGACAAUUGUCCCACGUUAACCAGUUUAAUACCAUCAGAGAAACUAGAUCAUAUAAGUGUUAUGGCCUGCCCUAUGAUGCCUGAACUGUUUCCAAACUUGAAGCGCUUGGAAAUCAAUGAUUGUGGAAUGAGAUAUGUAGUUUCAUCUAAGAUGGAGACAGUGGCAAUAUUGGCAGAUCCUUUUCCAGCACUAGAGAUUCUUGGGAUCAGAUAUUGCCCAGAGAUGAUUGGGAUGAUCUCUCCCCCUGCUUCUUUGCAAGCCCCGUGCUUCUCCCAGCGACUUAGAGAAAUCACGAUCGCUGCAUGUCCAAGACUGACGCAUCUUUUCUCCUACAAGCAAGCAAUAAGCAUGCAACAUUUGAUUGAGCUUAGUGUUAUAAAUUGUGCUGCAUUGGAGGCUGUGGUGAUUUCCACGGAAAAUAAAGAGGAAGCAUCUUCAAGCGCACAUGUUGCUGAUCAUGAAUCUUAUAAUAGCCCUUUCCCUAAUUUGAGAAUACUCUAUCUGGUUAAUUUGCCUCAACUCACUGCCUUCCAUCACCCCACAGCACCGCCCGCGGAGUGGUUACACCUUGGAAGCUACGACAUAGAUGAAUGCCCAAAACUACAGGAGCCUUUGGAAGAACGAAUUCGAUCACUAUGUGCUAGGAUGAAAAAGAAGAAGGCAGGCAGUGUGAAAGGAGAGGAAGACGAUUGAGUGAGAGGGAGAAGAGGCAGGUGAUUUGUAACCUGAUUGGUAUCUUGAAGGAUAAAGGCCACUUAUUGCUAUGAAUGGU